AAAAGUGACAUUUGAUGGCUCGAACUUCAACGAGUGGAUGAGAUAUAUUCGCAUGAUAACUCGUUAUGAGGACAAAGAAUAUGUCCUAGACGAGAAGCUUGAAAGGAUCAACCCAGAAGAAGCUACUCCUGAAAGAUGGCCGCCUUUGAGGCCCACGAGCGUGAUGCAACGAAAGUUCAUUGCAUCAUGUUGGCCACCAUGAACCUCGAACUCCAAAAGUCCUAUGAGGACAUGUAUCCAUAUGAGAUGCAUCAAGAUUUGCUGGACAGGUACCACCAGAGCGCGAGGCAAGAGCGCUAUGAGAUCAUCACCAACAUGAUCACCGCUAAGAUGGGGAGGGGAGAAUCCCUAACUGCUCAUUUGCAAAGAAUGCAAAGAUAUGUUGAUCGUCUUCUCAAACUUAAUGUUAAGUUUGAUGAGGAUUUGGCUAUCGACAUCAUCCUCCAACUCCUUGCCUUCCUGCUACAGCCACAGUUCAGAAUGACCUACCACAUGAAUAAGGAAGAGGUCACCCUAAGUAAGCUUCAAGGGCUCCUGAGGACAGCUGAGAGCAACCUCAAGGACAAAUCUGUUGCAUCAUCCUCUACUGUAGCUGCUCCUGUGUUGGCAAUUGGCCAAGGAAAGGGAAAGAAGAGGAAGGCUCCUUACAAGAGCCACCAUAAGGGUAAGACCCAAGAUGGUUCUUCUUCUAGUGGGACCAAAGCAGGUUCUGUUAAGCCCUCUUCUGACCCCAAGGAAGCAGAGUGCUUCUAUUGCCACCAAAAGGGCCACUGGAAACGAAGCUGCCCUAAAUAUCUGCAAGAUAUUAAGGAUGGGAAGAUAAACCCACCUUCGCAGGGCCUAAAAAGAAGUAGGGAAGUGGAGCAUGGAAGGAUAAGCUUGAUCAUGGGAAACAGGAAGUCUUCACCAGUAACCAAGAUCGGAGUUUAUUCCUUAGUGUUGAGUAAUGGGUUAGGGCUAGAUUUAAAUAAUUGUUCCUAUUCGCCAGAUAUGGCAAGAAACAUCAUUUCUUUUCAUGGAAAUGAUGUUUUGAAUAUUGAUUCGUCCACAAGUUUGGACAAAGCAUGUUUGUGGCAUUGUCGCCUUGGCCAUGUGAACAAGAAACGCAUAGCCCAACUCCAAAAGGAUGGAGUCUUGGAGUCUUUCGACCUUAGGGACGAUGACGUGUAUGUAUGUGGACCCUUUAGAUCCACCACAAGGGACGCUUGUCGCUUCUACGUGACUUUUACAGACGAUUAUAGCAGAUAUGGAUAUAUCUACUUAAUCAAGCAAAAGUCAGAAACUUUUGAAAAGUUCAAAGAGUUCAAGAAUGAAGUGGAGAAUCAGUUGGGCAGGAAAAUCAAGAUGCUUCGAUCUGAUCGAGGGGGAGAGUACCUAAGUCUUGAGUUUCACGACUAUCUGAAAGAGUGUGGAAUAGUUUCACAAUUGACGCCUCCUAGAACGCCACAAUUAAAUGGUGUGGCUGAGAGACGUAAUCGAACCUUGUUGGACAUGGUUCGCUCUAUGAUGAGUCGUGCUUCGUUACCAAUCUCAUUCUGGGGUAUGCCUUGGAGACUGCCGCCCAUAUCCUUAACUUAG